AUGUCCAUAAACCCCUCCUUCGAGCAGGCCAUCAAGGUCACACCACAAGGUGCCAACAAAUACAGCGCCCACCUCCAACCAGAAUGGUGCAUUGGAACCGGUAUACUACACCCGAACAUCACAACCUACACAAAGCUAACAAUCCCAGUUCCACACGGCGGCUAUACAACAGCCGUAAUCUACAACCUAGCACUAACACACUUUGCACACGCACACCCAAAGCAACACAAGAGCCCCGCAACCCCGAUCUCAAUCCAGCUCUCCUUCCUCCGGCGCACAGCCUCCGGCCCCGCAACCUUCGAAGUAGAAGAUGUGAAACUGGGUGCGCGAACCAGCACAAUCCACAUCAAGCUACUGCAACCAUCUGAGAAGAAACCCGGCACUCUCGAAACCAUGGUCGUGGGCUAUAUCACCGUCAGCCCAGCCUCAGCCGAGGUAGGCAUCAGCGCAAAGACAGGCUGGAAGCCGACACCUGCACCAGCGGCUGGAUCCCGGGCUGACGGGUCUGUUGAUCUGUGCUCACUGGCACGGACGGGGUCAGACGGGUCCUGGAAGAAACUGAAUCCCCCGUUCCCUGAGUUCAGGAAAGCAGGGGCGCAGCUUGAGUUGUUUGGGCCUGUUGGGGGAUCGUUGCAGAGUCAGGGUGGGGGAUUGUCGAUUGAUCAGUGGGCGCGGUUCCGGCCUGGUGGGGAUGGGAAUGGGAGGUGGACUGAUGCUGCUGUUGCUUAUUUGAUUGAUAUGUUUCCUUCUGCGUUGGGUGGGUUUGAUACCAUGUCUGCGGAGGCGGCGAAGGCCAAUGGGGAGGAUGGGAAGGCUAAGAAUUGGUAUCCUACUGUUACGCUGAAUGUGGAUAUGAAGAAGAGGCUUCCGGUUGAGGGGGUGGAGUGGCUUUAUAGUCGGGUUGUGACUAAGGUUGUGAAGGAUGGACGAACUGAUUUGGAGGUUACUGUUCUUGAUGAGAGGGGGGAGGUUGUUGCGUUGAGCACGCAGGUUGGAUUGGCACUUAGUGCGAGUCGGAAUGUUGGAACGAGGAAGUUGGGAAAACUAUAG